AUGCAUGAGCGCCAAAGACGGAUGUACCAGGCUCGAGGAGAAAAGUCCAAGAACGCCAUGUAUUACGGAGCUGGGAGUCUGAUAUUGGCUUUCGGAGUGACCUACGCAUCAGUUCCCCUCUACCGAGCGUUCUGCGGGGCGACCGGUUUCGGAGGUAUCCCCGUGACAGACAGUUCCAAAUACACCCCCGAUCGUCUCUACCCGGACGACGACGCCGACAAGAGAGGCAGGAUCACCGUGCACUUCGAGGCUACGGCGAGCGAUGACCUGAAGUGGAAGUUUACGCCGCAACAGAGGUUUGUGAAAGUCUUGCCUGGAGAGACGGCGCUAGCCUUCUAUACGGCGGAGAACUGGGGCAAGGAGGAUGUGGUGGGGAUUGCCACCUAUAACAUCACACCAUCAAGAGUCUCGCCCUACUUUGCCAAGGUCGAAUGCUUCUGCUUCGAACAACAAAAGAUCCGGGCGGGCGAGCAGGUCGAUCUUCCGGUCUUCUUCUUCAUUGACAAAGACAUCCUGGACGACCCUUCGGCUGAACAGGUCGACGACAUGGUCCUCAGUUAUACCUUCUUCAAGGCGCGACGGAACGAACAAGGUCACCUCGAACCCGAUGCGCCGCUCGACGUGGUAGAAAAGUCGUUGGGUUUCGAGGAUUACGAACUCGCCACGAAGGAGAUCCGAGCAUGA